AUGUCUGCAGUUCGCCCUCUUCGCCGGCUCUCUGUAGCACUUGGCCUCGCAAAGGCCUAUGUCCCAGAAGACUGCCCGCCAAAUGACUUGAGAACGCACAGUGCAAUUACAGCUGACCUAUCCGACUUUCUCGUUGCUUCCAAAGCCAGCUACCUCAAAGACCCAAGUGCUGGUGAUUGGACUGUGGUCAUGGGGAACGAGGCCGGUGAUCUAGACUCAAUAGCCAGCGCCAUCGCCUUUGCAUGGAUCCAAUCCGAAGUCCACAAAGUACCCACCAUCCCCCUCGUUCAAAUCACGCGCGAAGACUUCGCCCUCCGCGCAGAGAACCUCUACGCGCUCAGCCUAGCAGGCAUCUCCGACCCCCCUUCCCAACUCCUCUCCCUAUCCGACAUCGCCUCCUUCCCUACCCCAUUCCCCUCUAAAAAGUUCGCGCUGGUGGACCACAACCGCAUCGCCGACCGAUUCAUGCAAGACAACCCCAGCGCGGAGAUCACAGCCGUCGUAGACCACCACACGGACGAAGGCCUAUACCCAACUGCAAAACCACGCAUCGUCGCGCCGGCAGGCAGCUGUUCCUCCCACAUCGCUGCGCUAUGCCCACAAAAUAUCCCAGCGGAACUCGCAACCCUCUUGUUCUGCGCCAUCCUCAUCGACACGGACGGCUUGAAACCAGGCGGUAAAGCCCUCGACCUCGAUCGUCACUCUGCCAUCUUCCUAGCCGCCAAAUCGACGUAUGCAGAGAAGAUUCCGAGUAUUUCGAGUAUGGGGGGUAAACCGCCCCCGGAUUUCUUGUACUACCAAGAAGCGGUGAAAACGCUCACUUCGAACCUGGUUACGAAAAAGGCGGACGUCAGUCAAUUGAGUGCGCAUGACUUGAUUAGGCGGGAUUAUAAGGAAUACACGUUCACCCUCUCCUGGGCCAAGGAAACACCUUCACCAAGCAUCAAAGCCGGCUUGUCCACCGUCCCCGUGCAACUGAAAAUCUGGGGCUCAGAUGGUAAACUAGAAGACGCAGCAGUGACUUGGAUGCAAAGCAGGGGUCUAAGCGUGCUGGGCAUCCUGACGUCAUACAACAAGAAACCCAAACGGCUCGGUAAAGCAAAGGGAAAACACGAACGCGAAACGGCGUGGAUUAUCCUUGACCACCAGGGAGUUGAUACUGCCGAGCUCGCGACGAGGUUGUGGACGGGCCUUGAAGGGAAUAAGGAGAUUAGCGUCAAGAAGCGUAAGAAAUUCGAUUUGGAGAAAGGGGGGAGGUUGCCUGGGGGCGCUAAGGCCAAGGUGUAUAAGCAGGGAAAUCCAAAGGCGACGAGGAAGACGAUCGCUCCGCUGUUGAAGGAUAUCUUGGAACCUCCAGUGGUUGCUACUACGACUGCUCCCGCUGCUGCUUAA